GGAUGGGGCGCAUAAAACGCACAAUGACAGCAAGAUUAACGCACAUAUUCAAUUCACGGAUAUCACCGUACUAGUAACGGACUUGUACCGCGUAAAACGUAAGCGCAGCGCAUGAGAAACUGACAAAACGUUCUUGCCAGUUAUCGUCCGUUGAACAUACGUUACAUCCGUUGCAUGUCCGGUAGUAGUCCAGCCGUGAAUCGGGUCAAGCGGACAAGAACGGAUGCGAACCGGACAAAUACAGAAUAGGGAACGCACGAGUAACGAUCAAAACGCAUUCCAGCGUAUUGCUACCGUACAUCUAACGGACAACUUUGUACGUUGGUGUACGUUCCAAAUUUUGAACAUGCCCAAAACCUUCCACCGGAUGGAACGAACAUCGCCGGACAAGAAGCGCAGGCACCGCAUGAGAAAUGGAAAAGAAACGCAUGCAAACGGACACGAACGGAUUGAAAGUUGUGAUAUACGUUGGACGUUCGUUAACGCUCUAUGGUGUAGUGUGACUGAGAUUUUAUAUGAGAUUUAACGGUUGAACAAUUUACAAUAUACACUACAGAAGUCAAACAGGAACUUUAAAGAUGGACGUGCAUGUUUUAGCUCAGGCUAUUUUAUACUUUUGUAUAUCUAUCACUGGAUUUAUUGUCUCAAUCCCGGUAGGGGUGAACAGGUGGAAUUUUCGUGGGCGUUGUAUAUUAUACGCCGACGUGAAAUGGAAAGACAACUACCACUCUCAGAUGUACAGCAGCCAUUCUGUGAACUGUAACUUCCCUAUCUACUACAGUGUGUUUGGGAUGAUAUUCUAUGGUUUUGGAUUAGGAAUCUUUUAUGCCUUUGCAACAUUUAAGUCGAUGAGGACUCCUGAAAUAGGGUAUCAGAUGUGGGUAAUGCCAUACAUACUGUUGAACGGUGUACACGCUUUCGUCACUCUGAUAGUGUCCUGUAUAUUGUCUGUUGGCUUCCUACAGUUCUGUAACCGCCUCAAAGAAAAGGACUGGGUGAAAAGCUGCGGUCAGUUUGCAAACGACGAGUGGUCAAAUCCUUCUACAGGUGAGAAAUUCAACGCUGGACCAUACACCACAUUACUAGCUGUUGCACAGAUUGCAUCCUGGUCAUGUUUGCUGCUAUUUCUGGCACAGAUGGGUCUGAGCAUUCUUCGAUUUGUAAGAAACAGACGGCAAAGAAGUGAAAGUACAGAUGUCGGCACGGAUAGGAGUAAAAUUGCAGAAACUGAAUCAACGGCUUGAUUAAGCCAAUUCAUUUUACAACAUUUGAUCUAUUUGAUCGUCUUGUAUUAUCAUGGGCGUAAUUAUUCUGACAUUUGGUGACUAACUGAAAUAUCAGAUUUGUAAUAAUUGAAAUUAGUACCGUAGGCACUAUAAUGUAAAAAUGCUUUACGUCGAAAUCGAAAUCAGCUACAUGUAACAUUAUUUGAUGUACUUUCGAAAUGUUAAAACAUCAGUACAAGAUGUAUCAAAUCGGGAGGAAUUAAACAUUGUGAAUGGGUUUUAGAGCAUAUAGUGCCAUCUAUACAUGGUCUGGUUUUGUGUCGGUUAUAGUUGUUCCAACACUACGUACAUAGCUUUUAGGUUCGCGACUUUAAAACUCACUGAGAUGCCGUGAUUACAGUGUGUACUUCAUAAAACAAGAAUUAUAGAUGUUUUGUAUAGAGUUUGUUUGUGCUCCUGUUACUUUGUGAUUGUAAAUGUUUCAUAUCAUUAAUUUAAUUAUUUCGAUUAAAGCUUUUACGAAAUCGAGAAAAAGAUACCGGUUUACAUCUUACUUGAAGAAGAAAUAAAAUACAUAGUAAACUUCAUACAAAGCAUAGAUUUUUAAAUCCACAAGCCACCUGAAAGAUAAUUUCAGCCCGCGAAAAUACAUGACAUUUCAACCCAAAUUGGCCAUAUCUCCAAAUGGCCUUAAAAUGUUAGGGGAAAUGAUAGAGCCAAAUGGCCACUUGCAUUCUGUACUCAGUUUCAAGUAUUACUUGCAGAGCUGGACAAAGAUACCUCUCAACCGAUUACUUUUUUCACUAUUUUCAACUGUGUGAGGCCUAUAUGACAUUUGACAGUUCACGAGACGCUCAAUGCUAAUAGUGGUAUAUACGCAUUUCAAGCAGUUAUAUGAAAAUGAUGCCAUCAAGCUUACAUUCGCAUCUGCCAGAAUUUCUGCAACAUACCAUUCUUAAACUUGUUAAUCACAAACUCACAUCAACAAAUAUUUCAAACAUCAAAACAGCCUUCACUUCAAGGUUUUAUCUCUAAUGACAGAUUUUGACCCUGGCCAAUUCGAAUCUGUGGCUGGAAACUACCAACUGCUAC